AUGAGUCUGGCUGACCAGUUCAAGACGGUCCAUGUCGGCCGCCACCACAAGCACCUGAAAUGGUCCAAGAAAGAGGCGCCCGUCCUGACCGUCUCGUCCGGCGACGUCGUCACCUUCGACACCAUCGACAGCAGCAACGGCCAGAUCAGCAAGGAUUCCGACGUCUCCGCCCUCAACGCCUUCAAGAUCGAGCUGGCUGACCCGGCCUUCGGGCCCGUCUAUGUUCGGGAUGCCGAACCCGGCGAUGCCCUCAAGGUCGAGAUUCUCGCCCUGGAAACGGGCGACUGGGGCUGGACGGCCGUCGUCCCAGGGUUCGGGCUGCUGGCCGAUGACUUCUCAGAAGCCGAUAUCAAGAUCUGGAAAUUCGACCCCGCGUCUGGCUACGCUGAGCUGAAGAAAGGCGUGCGGGUUCCGCUGCGACCCUUCUUGGGGAUCAUGGGCGUGGCGCCCGCUGCUGACGGCGAAUUCUCCACGAUUCCCCCUACCGACGCCGGAGGAAACGUCGAUUGCCGGGAUCUGACGGUGGGCUCGACGCUCUAUCUCCCUGUCCAAGUUCCCGGGGCCUUGUUCAGCUGUGGCGACGGCCACGCCGCCCAGGGACAAGGCGAAGUGUGCGGAAGUGCUAUCGAGACGCCCAUGAAGGCCACCCUGCGGCUCACCGUGUGCAAGAAUCACCCCUGGGUGACCUCGCCCCAUCUACAGACUCCUCCCGAAACACCGCCCAUCUACCCGGUUGUGGAUAAAGGGCGGUAUGCGACGAUGGGACUGGACUCGGAUUUGUUGGAGGCCACCAAGAAGGCGGUCCGACACAUGAUCGAAUGGCUCGUCGCCACCAAGGGGCUGACCCGGAGUGAAGCAUACAUCCUGGCCAGUGUGGCAGGGGAUCUGAAGAUGGCAGAGGUCGUGGAUAUGCCCAACCAUGCGGUCACCAUGAGCAUUCCGUUGAACAUUUUCGAAUGA